UAGCCAUGGGGCCAUAUGGUCUCGCCCUUGUAGAACGUCUCACUGUUGCUUAUCAUCUCCACAUUGAAGGUCCCCCGCAAAGGGCCGAAUGAGUAAUGAAAGACUCUUCACGGCCGAUCCGAAGGGCCGAAGGCCGAACAAGGCGCAUACUUAUACAUCACAGUUGAUAUACGAUUGACCACCAAUUGAAUAGGAUCAUUGAAACCAACUUUUCAAUACCGAGCGAUCCACAUUUGACACUCUCUAGGAUAGAAACCAACAUGGCCGGCUCAAUCCUCCUAAAAAACGGCACACUUCUUCUCCACGACGCUAAUGACGUUGUGCAUGCAUCGAAAGAAGAUCUUCUUAUCGAGAACUCGAAAAUCACUAAAAUCGCCCAAAACAUCGACCCACCAUCUGACACCAGGGUCAUAGACUGCACGGACAAGAUCGUUUCGCCGGGCUUCAUCGACACCCACCACCAUGUAUGGCAGACCAGUCUCAAAGCCACGCACCCAAACCACACUCUCUUCGAUUACUUCCCCACCGGUAACUUCGCCAGUUCAUUCCUAUCGGCCGACGACACCUUCUGGGGCCAACUGUCAGGCGCACUGGAAUGUCUCGACAGCGGCACAACAACCGUAGUGGACCAUGCCCACAUCAACUACUCCCCAGAGCAUUCCAAAGAAGCCAUCCGCGCAACCAUCUCCUCCGGCAUCAGGUCCAUCUUUGCAUACUGCCCCACCCCCCGGGUAGCGCAAUGGACACCCACAUUCGAGCUCUCACCAGACCUCCUCGCCCCAUGGGUAAUGGAAACGUUCGACCAACUGGCCAUCCUGAAUCCCUUCGGCCCUUCCGGCCGAGUCCGCCUCGGCUUCGCCUUCGACGGGCUCUACCUCCCCGGCGAAGUACUGAAGGAAGUCUACGGACGAGUCCGGCAUGCAGGGGCGCAGCUAAUCACAUCGCAUUCCGUCUACGGUGUCGCAUUCGGAGCCCCAAACUCCCUAUCAGCAGCGACUAACCUGGACGCCCACGACCUCCUCGGCCCGGACAUCCUCCUCUCCCACAACACCAAUCCCCAACCCGGCCACACGCAACUAAUCCGCGCCAAAGGCGCUAAGAUCUCCAGCACGCCUGUCACAGAGCUCCAAAUGGGUCACGGUAACCCCAUCUGCCUGGACCCCGACUACCAGUCUAUCUCAUCGCUAGGCAUCGACUGCCACAGCGUCUGCACGGCGUACAUCCCAACGCAGAUGUCGACGGUGCUGCAGUGGGCGCGGGCGCGACGGCACGAGGAAUUCGAAGCGCACAGCAAGUGGGCGAAGGAUGUGGGGAGCAGCGUGAGUGAUGUGUUUAAUUUGGGGACGAUCCAGGGCGCUCGAUGUAUCGGGAUGGAGAGUGAGAUUGGGAGCUUAGCGACGGGGAAGAAGGCAGAUGUUGUGAUUUAUGAUGGUAGUUCGCCGGGGAUGCUGGUUGCUGCGGAUCGGGAUCCGGUUGCGGCGAUUGUACUGCAUAGCUCGAUUCGGGAUAUCGAGACUGUUAUUGUUGAUGGGGUUGUGAGGAAGGAAGGGGGCAAGUUGAAGGAUGUAUUCGUGGUUCCGGAUAUUGAGGGUAAGGAGAAGAAGGGGGAGAGGGUACGGUGGGGAGAGGUGGCGAGGCGCGUUAGGGAAUUGGGGGCGCUUAUGGAUGAAAAGAAGAAGGCGAUGGUUGAUGAGGAGGCGGCGAGGGUUGCUGUUAUGAAGGGGUUUCAUCUCAAUGUCGCUGCUUGGGCUGAUGAGAUUUGAUGUAUGAUAUAGCACGGUCAUAGUAUGUAGCCAUCACUUUGUUCAAAGUAAAAAAUGAUAAUAUUAUACGUCUGUCAAUACUUAAGACCUUGAAGUCCCAGGGCAUCAGCAAUAACUACUCCUUGAGCGUAUGUUCAAUCAUAGAGAAACAGAAACAAACGUCGCACAACGCCCAUAUUUUAGUCUCUCUAUCCAAUGGGUAUCACAAGCACAAAAACCGCACUUUUUCAAACCAAGCAGUCCAAUAAAAGCAACAUGCGCUUAACUCAACCUCUCUAGAAAACCCUGCGCAAUCAAUCGCUCCACAUCCCCCUGCC